AUGGAUCUCAGCUGGCGACGGACCUUUAUUGGUGACCUUAAUCGGUGUCUGGAUCAAAAAUGGAAAUCCUGCCUUAACUGGCGACGGACCUUUAUUGGUGACCUUAAUCGGUGUCUGGAUCAAAAAUGGAAAUCCUGCCUUAACUGGCGACGGACCUUUAUUGGUGACCUUAAUCGGUGUCUGGAUCAAAAAUGUCCUGCCUUAACUGGCGACGGACCUUUAUCCUUAAUCGGUGUCUGGAUCAAAAAUGGAAAUCCUGCCUUAACUGGCGACGGACCUUUAUUGGUGACCUUAAUCGGUGUCUGGAUCAAAAAUGGAAAUCCUGCCUUAACUGGCGACGGACCUAAAUCGGUGAAUGAAGCUCAGUUGGCAACCCUCUCUGGUGACCCGUUUCACCGGUUCAUAUCCAAACUUAGCCCCCUGGAAGUGCCUUCUUCACGCAGAUCUUCGCUGGCGAACGAGGCCAGCCGGAUUAUAGUUUAUGGUCAAAAGGAUUUGUAUCCUUUUCUGCAAGUUUUGCUACGGUACAAUGCAUGGAGCGGUUCUGAGUUCUGCGUUUCCUCCGAGACAUUCCCCGAGAAGGAGUUUUGUGAUAAGGAUCGGGACUGGCUGGGUCUCUGGAGUGACCCUGAGACCAAGUGGAAUCUCGCACCUGAUAACGUGGUUUCCGGAUGCAGCCAGUACUCCCUUCUUCGUCUCUCUUUGGAUCUGCACGACUGGCCCACCAAGCUGCUCUGGCGGCCGGGCGAACGCGCCGAGAGCUUGCGCUUGGGUUUAUGGCGAACUGGAAGUGUUUCAUGGGAACGUGUAGGUCCAUUUAAUUUCUCCAGGAAAGCAGAUUCGCAACUCCCUUAUGACUUGACAUUUCGGAGUGUGUCUGAAGAUGGCUCCUGCGUGGUGACGAGCGCCAGCCUCGACGUGUCCCGCACUUGUCAGAUGAAUCAAACAGGAAUAUUGCGCAUUUCCAUUGAAAGCCUUGACGACAACGGCGAAUGGACUCCGAGCUACUUUUCCUUCAACUGCGAGGAUGGCGCAGGAUGGCAAACCGGCUCAACGACUUCAAGCCCUGAUGACAACAGUACUGAAGAGUCUCCUUCGGAUACUCUCUGGUACAUCGCAGCGGUCCUGGGGUUCGCCAUUGUCAUCUCUUUGAUCGAGGCGGUCGCCCGGAGAGCCAAGACCUGUCAGGGUGACCCCGUCCGUCCUUCAGCUGCCCUCCCGUCGACCUCACCGGCGGGGACACAAGAGCCCCCUCCUCCUUCUCCUUCUUCUUCUUCUUCUUCUUCUUCUUCUCCUCCUCCUCCUCCUCCUCCUCCUCCUCCUCAGCUGCUUCUUCAGAGGAACUCGUUCGGUCCACCAGAUGGCCAAGGAAGCGCCCAGGAACACUACGGCAGCGAGGGAGGGGAGCACGAGUACGAGUAUGUUGAGUUGGACACCUCGAGGACCCAGCUGGCCAGGGAGGAGGAGGACGCCCGCGAGCCAGACAACGAGCCCGUGCAACCAGCCUGCUCGCUCCGCCGGGACACCGUUAACUCCAUCUAUUUUCUUUCUGACGAAUUGAGUGGCAGGAUGUAGAUGGGAAAGAAGAUGAGAAGAGCGAAUUUGAGCUUAGAGCAGGGGAUUCUUUUUCUUUUCUCUUGUUUGUCUGUUACUUGUCUUUGUUUACCGCCCAUGUACACGAGUCACAGCACGCCAUCACCCAACUAGAUAAUAUUCUUACAGAGUAGAAGUAAUACUCAGAAUCAGCACAUGCUUCGAAUCUCCAAAAUGCUUUACCAGAAUGCUUAAAAUCGCUGGCCAUACCCGCGUUGAAGACGCCUGUUCCAGAAGUUUCUAUGCUCCUUGCUCCAGCGCUCUGAAACACGCCACCGUUCGCAGUAUGUUGAUAUGGUAAUUGAAGUAACACAUCGUGUAUGUAGAUAUGAUGGUAAUUAUAUUUUGCUUUUAAUUCAAUUUUAGUGAUUGUGUCAAUAAGAAAAUGAACAUACAUUCAAUUUUCCAUGACAUUUAGAGAGGGUAUGAAUGAGACAGGAUAUC